AUGAUGCUUUGCAAUUCUUCAAGAAUAUCGUGGUCUUGGGAUAAUUUUUUGGCAAGAGCGAGUGUUUGUUCGAAUCUCUUAACGAUUUUGUUCUCUCAAAUUACUACUGAAUGUUUUAAUUUUGCGGUGGUGGGAUAAGACAACUACUAUGUCUUUGACUGGGGCUAAUACGACCCCGUUGGGUCGGCUUCAUCCAAUAUUGGCCGCAAAGCAGCAAGGAUCUGUAAGCCCGUCAUCUGGCGUGAAACGAGAAGCCGGUAAUUCCGAAUUCGGAGGUGAGUUUCUUAGAGACAGCGCUUUAUCAGCGUGAAAUCUUGGCUUUCAUGCAUGCUAGGAUUUAUGAUUAUCGUGUGGCAAAAUUUAAUUGCAGAGAAACCAAUCAAAACGCAUGUUUGACAGAAUUUUCAGUCAAUCGACAUGAACUGGUAGCGAAUGCUAUAGCUCCCCUGGAAAGCGCACACAUUUUUCGUUAGAUUAAGCUUACCAUAAGUUUUACUUUACGAGAAUUUCACAGAUGUAUGGGACCACAGUAGGAUUCCCUCAGGUUGUUUACGUUUAUUUAUUUUAUCGUUAAUCUUUUCUGAUUAUAGUAUUACUAAAACAAAUUACAAUCAAGUUUUGAGGAUCGCUGUGUUUAGUAACGGUCGAGUUGAUUUAAGCUAGAUUCUAUGUUUCACGGAGAUCGAACUUGUUUUCACUUAUUGGACAGAAUCACAAUAUCCACAAAACAACAAUUAGCUGUUUUCCAAAAAAAAAUAUAUGAAUACCAAAUAUCACCAUUACCCGUGUGAAUUUUGUGCAUUAUUUGACGUUUCUUUGUUCUAUCUUUUAAAAGAAACGAAAACCAGUUUUAAAGCUGUAUUUCACAUGAGUUAUGUUUUUGUUUUGGUAAUCAUUUGAAUAUGAAAGCAGGAAACUAAAAUUUAAGACAAAAAGUAUUUACAGAAUAUGGUGUCAUUCAAUGAUAUAUUAUGUUCCCACUGCAUAUUUGCAGUCUCCUCCAGACAAAAAGUGGUUUGGUUGCACAAUGCCAUAUAAGAUGGCAACUAAACAGGCAUUCUCAUUCACCUGAAGAGGACAGGGAAAUAUUUCCAUAUUAAAAUUUAUUAACUGAUUGGGAGGGCUAGACAGGAAAAUUUUUGGCCUGAGGACAAAACCCAGCCAAUUAUUCUCCAGUUUGGUGCAAUGAAACUCAGUCAAGAAGCAUUGUAUCAUAUGACAUGAUCACUAAGUGUUGAAAAAAAAAAUAGAGAAACAUAAAAUAAAUUCCACCAUAAAAACUUUUUCUUUCCUUCUUGAGUCAGAACAAGGAAAUCAAAAUUCAUAGAGAAAUCAUGACUAAUUAAGAAUUUACUCAUUUUUACAACAACAGCUAACCUAAACAAUGUUAUUUUUUUCUUUGUUGCAUCAAAAGGGUAUCAGUGUUAGGUAGAAUAGCUUUUUCCAGAUCAGCUCACUUUAACCUGUCUGGCCCUACAUGCAUCAGCUUUCAUUAAGGCUUUCUAUAAGCUUGCGUUGCUGGAGGGGUUAUAUAAUAAAACAUGACAAGAUCUUGGGAGUGGAAGGGUUCACAUCUUUUUUAUCCUUUAGAUGGAGAAAGGAAAAAGAAAAGAAGGAGCAGAUGGGGAACAGAGGAAAAGAAAACCUUUAUCCCAGGAAUGCCAACAACAAUGCCACCUAAUCUAUCCCCGGAGCAGCAACAGGCGUACAUUGGUAAGGGAAUGAUGAAUGAUGAUAUUCUUGCUACUGAUUCUCCUUCGUUCUCUUUAAUUGCUCUUAGGAGAAUUUGUUUUCUAGCCAAGACUUGUUUGCUUCUCACCUUGUGUUUCAAGGUAGGAUGUUUUUCCUGUGUGGAUUUCUGGGACAUUCAGUUUAAACCCUGUCUUCAUUUGCAGGGUUUUCACUAUGUGCUGGCUGUGAGCUAAAUUUACCAACCGAAAAAGAGGUGAUCUCUGGCUGUAUAUUGGCUAGGGUUGCUUUAGACUGGGAAAAAAUUAUGUAAUUAGAUCUCAAUUAUAACCUUAACUUUCAGACUAUUUUCUUAGCUAAAACUUGGGAUUUAGAAGAGAAUGAAUGGCUUAUUUCCUUAUAGCCGUCUCUUAACCCUUUAACUCCCAGAAGUGAUUAACAUGUAACUUCUCCCUAUAAUAUCUAUACAUCGUCAACAAAACAGGUAUUGAGAAUACUCAAACUUAUCAGGUAGAGGUUGUUCUCUUGAUCUAAUACCAAAUUCUUGUAACCAAGUCAAAAGGAAAUGUGUAGCAGCUAGAGGAAAGAUUUAGCAAUGGGACUUUGGGAUUUAAAGGGUUAAAUUAGUAGCGUGUAUCUGUUUUGGUUUAAUUUUAACCUUGUUUUGGUUGUUUGUAAUGUAUGAUAAUGAGUUUGAAACAAAGGAAAAUAACAUUUGAACCAAGGACAAAAUUGAACCACAACAUAUCUGCUAUCCCCUGGUUCCAUGAUUAUUUUUCAGAAGUACAUCUCAUAUGGAUAUUUUGACUUUAUGUUAUCCUCAACUUUGGUGGAUAGUGUGUCCUUGUUUCUUAUUUUUUAUCAUUAUUUUUUUCCUAUUUAGCUCAAUUGAAGAUUGAAGAAAUCACCAGAAUGCUUCGAACAGGAGAGCUUGGGAUACCAGACAAUCCCGAUGAGAGGUAUAUCCUUCAAACUGUUCCUUAUACAUUUGCUAGGGUGCUAACAAAGAGAAUUUGUUGAGCAAGCUUCUUCAUGUAGCGAUCAAUUGCUUGAUUCUCAUGACCUCAGUGUUUGAUUUAGGGGUAUUACUUGUCACUACUUGAGGUUGAUUGAACUUAGAGAAAUACCAAUCAAACCAAUUGCAAAGACUGAAGGCCUUAUUAGUGAAUUUUCUCGGCCAUAUUGAAGCAUUUUCAAGCAGAGAUUCGACAGCAGUGAAGAGAGUCAUGAAUUUGGGGUGAUGUCUGGAAAUAAGCUCACAAUCUUAUUUUUGAUAUGUCUACUCAUUUUAUUUUGCAUGUUAGGUCACCAUCUCCAGAGCCAAUUUAUAACACAGAAGGGAAAAGGUUAAACACUCGUGAAUUCAGAGUGAGAAAGAAACUAGAGGAAGAGAGGCAUGUGCUUAUACAGGAAGCCCUGAGUUUAAAUGAAGAUUACAAGCCUCCUGCAGAUUAUAAGUAGGUGGUUUUGCUAUUUUAGUUGUCACCAUUGACACUUUGCUUCAUUUGGAUCAAUUUUUUUGCCAAAGAAAUUUUAGAUUCAAAGGCAGAUGCCACUGCUUUGAAGUAGAUGCAUCUGUUGAUGCAAUUUAUGUUUAUAUUAAGUUGCCUAAUGGUUAGUUUUCAAGACUCUGGUAGAACUCUUUCGCAUGGUUGGCAGGGCUGUGCUCUUGUUGUGUCUGAGUGGCAGAGGCACCCACCUUUAAUCCCUGGACACCUUUUAAACAGCUGGGCAUGCUAUUAUCUUAUUGAAAACAUUUUGAUGUAUGCCUGACCAACUUGAGUAUUAGUGACACUACUGUAAGACAAAGAAUUGAAAGAAAACAUCAUAUUGAGCAUUUGUUUAUUGUGACCUCUCUCUGUUUUUUGUCUCUGUAAACAGAAAGCUUAGUAGCCCUUUACUAUAAGCAUUACAAAUGAGUGGGAACAAAACAUUGUUACCAGGCCAGAUCUUGGUACCUUUGAGCAGCCUCAAGUGAAAUUUUGGUCGGCAACCUAAUUUCUCAACUUCAAACCUGGUUAAUCUUUAUGAAAUUUUGCGUUCUUCAUGCCUUGCUAACAUUAAAAAUUGUACUUCUAAACAACACAGGCCACCAAUCAUAAAAAUCCAGGAUAAAGUUAUGAUUCCACAGGACAACCACCCUGAAGUUAACUUCAUUGGAUUGCUCAUUGGACCUCGGUAUGUUGGUUUCCUUUUAGGGAUCAAUGUGUUUUAAAAUUUCUAGCAAUAAUAUUAUUAAAUACCACCAUGUCAUCAUUGCUGUUUGCAAUAUCCUGAAAAGAAGUAGGAUCUCUGAUAGGUUCAGAGUUCUCCCUCAACAAAAGGAAUUUUCAAACUUGUAGAGCAAUCCUUUUACCUUUUGAAUUUUUACGAACUCAAGAAAUUUAGGGCAGUAACCAGAGGUACCACUGGUGGUAAAUUUUUCCAGUUACUGUUACUGAUCAAGUUAUACAAUAUUCAUUCAUAGUGGUUCAAGAAGAACACUGUUGGUAGUGUUUUCUCAAUGAAUUUGUUGAAUUUUCAAGAAUUCCUGCUAGGUUCAGCAUUCUCCCGAGAUAAAAGAAAUUUUCAAACCUGUCAAGCAAUCCUUUUACCUUUUGAAUUUUUAAGAAUUCAAGAAAUUUUAGGCAGUAACCAGAGGUACCACUGGUGGUAAAUUUUUCCUGUUACUGUUACUGGUUAAGUUAUAUGAUAUUCAUUCACAGUGGUUCAAGAAGAACACUGUUGGUAGUGUUUUCUCGAUGAAUUUGUUGACAACAGAUUCCUGACAAACAGAUUUGCUGUCAGACAGGGCAUCUGAACUCUUUAGAGUUUGGAGCUGUGUUUGCUGGCUGAUGUCUGUCUUUUCUCAUCAGUGGGAAUCCAUAACCCACCACUGUGUUGUAGAUGUCAAUACACUUUGCCCCCUUUUCUAAGUGUUUAUCUGCCAGCUCAUGUUUAUCAGAAAAUUUGCGUUCAAUUGUCCUUUUAUUCUGUUACUUUUUAUUUGUACUGAAUAAGUGAUAGUCUGUGGCAGCUUUUGUGAUAAAUGUUUCAACUUAUGGCAAAGGAUGUCAGACUUGACCCUUUCACUUCCAAGAUCUCAUGAGUAAUUCUCCUUACUGUCUGUCUUACAAUUCUUAUGAUAUUAGUGCAGAGAACUUGGUUUUGGAUCAGCUAAUAAUCCCUUGGUUGAUAUUAUUCUUUAUUCUUGUCACUUGUCUGCUUGAUACCAUAUUGUAAGGAGAAAUUCUGUUUUAGUCACUCAUGGGAGUUGAAGGGCUUUUUAAUUUUUUAAUAAUUAUAUUUGUUUCUCUUCUCAUUCAGUGGCAACACAUUAAAAAAGAUUGAAAAAGAGGUAACAUUGUAUUUUUUGAAUAUGUUUUUCCUUACCUCUUAGAGGGGUAACACUUUAAAAAAAAUUGGAAAAAGAGGUAACAUCAUUUAUCUCUGAUGCAGAUGAUGUGAUGAAACAAGCAAAUUUUGAACUUUUCAGCCAAUAGUCUCCCAUUGUGGUUUCCAAGUCAUUGAGAAUUUAAAUUUUUUUAGAGGAGUUUUUUUCUCUAUCCCUUUACACCUUAAAAUCAGUAUGCAUAUUCUCCAUACUGUUCUCCAAACAAUGUGCUGACAAGGAGAGUUUGUUAAAUAGUCAAGAGCUUAUCUAGUUAUUGAUCAUUUCUAUUAUUCUCAUCACCAUAAUGUUUGACUCAGGGAUGAUAUUAUAAGGAGAAAUUAGAUGUUAGUCACAUAGGGGUUUAAGGGUUAAAUUAUAUUUUGGCAAAGUUGUUCUUUUUAUCUGUUAAGUUGUGCUUGCUUUGGUUUUUCAGAGUAGUGCAAAGAUCAUGAUCAGAGGAAAGGGCUCUAUAAAGGAAGGAAAAAUACACAAUGUAAGAUGGGAUGUUCCUUUUUUUUUUCCAUAUCCUUGCAUGAUUUGUUUUCUUAUAUCCAUGUGUGUUUAUCUCAGUGUACUGUAAACACCAGCAGAUAAGCCACACUUGCAGACAAGUCCAACCAAGAGUUUGUCAAUUGACAUUUCGGAGAAAAAUUUUAGAUAGAAAUCAGAAGAAAUUACAACUUGAGUUGCAUUAUUUUGGUGGCUUCAUUGAACAUAUACCUGCAUAAACCCACUGACAAUGAAAACAGAAAAUACUUUGACUCCUCAGCUAUAACUUUAGUUGUACUAAUUUGGACAUCAUAUCUACUUACUUAGAGUUAUGUUUGAUCUUACUUAAGUAUUGUUUGAUCCAUAAAUUUUUCAUUUCAGUCAGAUUUUCCAUAAAAUUUUCACAUCAAACAAGAAAUAUUCAGUUUGUUCAUUUAGUCCUUUGUUGCCAAGUAGCUUGGCAUUUAACAAAGACCCAAAAGUUUUUGAUAGGCAGUGUCAAUUUUUGUUUUUUUGUGGCACAAUUUCCAGAGGUUCACACAGAUACAUCUCACUGCUGAUUUGUUGUGCAAAUUUUGUGAAAAUAGUUAUGGCUUAUCCGCUGGUGUUUACAGUAAGAGCAGUGGACAACCUUUAUUGCUGCCCCACUUAACAGUGAGGGCAGAGAGCAAGGGAAUGAUUAAGCAGGUUCUUACUUUACCCUGAUUGGUUUUUGUUGUUCAGGGAAGGAAGGAUGGACAGCCAAAUCCUGGAGAAGAUGAAGAGCUUCACGCUUUAGUAACUGGACCAAAUGAACAGUCUGUGCAGAAAGCUGUUGCAAUGGUAAGUCAUUUGAGCCUUCAUUGCAUCUUUGUUUUCAGUGUGAGAGGAAAUUGGAGGCUUGAUUGUUGAUAAGCUUGUUUCUUAAAAGGAUAGGCUAAUUUCUGUGAAAAGUAACAUAAAGUAACAUAGUUGGGUGAAUUCUGAUCAGCGAAUUUAACAAACAGAUCCUUUUUCUCAUUUUUCGCAGAUUCGGGACAUAUUGCGGCAGGGCAUAGAAGCCCCAGAAGGACAAAAUGACUUGAAGAGGAUGCAGCUAAGAGAAUUAGCUGCUCUGAAUGGAACAUUGAGGGAUGAUGAGAUUCUGAGGUAUUAAUCUUAACAUCAGUAUGCAGAAUCUCCUUACUGUUCUCUAUGCAUUUCCCAAGGUGCUGACAAGUAGAAUUUGUAUAGCAAUCAAGAGAUUCUUUAGUUGGUGAUCAUUUCCUUUAUUCUCAUGACCUUAAGGUGUGAUUCAGGGCUGAUAUUGUAGAGAGAAAUUUAAUGCUAGUCACUUUUAAGGGUUAAAGGGUUACCUUCUCACGCUUUUGUGUUGAUUUUAAGAUGCCGAAACUGUGGAUCAGCGGAGCAUCGCCACUGGGAGUGCCCUGAACAGAAAAAUGUCACAAAUAAUGUGCUUUGUACAAAAUGUGGGGCAGCAGGUCAUCUGGCUUCAGACUGCAUUCAAACAGAGUGAGUGCAACAACUACUUCUGAUUGUAGUCAUAAAGCUUUUGUUAUUUUAAUCUGUCUCACAACAUAGUUGUGCAUUUGUUGAUGUGUGAAGUGCAGUGUAAGCAGUAUCGUUAAAUGUCUCAGUAUGUGCUUGGUCAAUUAAGUGGGCCCUAUUUCACUGUUCUGCUCACUGAGGCACAAGUUUGCUUGACUUGAAAUAAUCUUCCUUUAUAGUUGAACUCAGAUAUAAACACAUAAAUAUAUAUAUAAGUAAUUUCUUACUAACCUAGAUUUCUUGUUUAGAAGAGGUACACAUUGACAUGUUUAGCAUAAUCUUACAAAGCGGGAUACUUUGUUAUAAUUGCCCACAAUUUUAGAAACAAAUGAAAUGUUUAUUUAUUUGUGAAAGACAAGAUGAUAAGUGUAGAGGAUAGUGAAAAAAUUAAGUGAUUCAACAUUUCUGAAUUACUUUUGCUGUUUUUUGUCAUAGUUUACCACCUAUUCCUGUGGUACAGGUGGACAAGGCAAAAAUGGAUAGUGAGGUAAAUUUUUAUUUGAAUGUGACCUGUUACUCAUAAGUGCAAUGGAGAAAGAAGUCACUACAAAAUAUUUCCUUGCCUUUGGUGGCAAAGUUGCUUAAUUCUUAACUCCAGUUUGUGACCAAGGCAGAAUUUCUCCUUACAAUAUCAAUACAAUAUCAAGCAGACCAGUGAUGAGAAUAAAGAAAAAUGUAAAUUUGGAGAUUGCUAGUUGAUCCAAUACCAAUUUUUUCUUUCAAACUAACAUCCUAAGAAUUGUGUGGUAGACAUUAACGAGAAUUACUAGUGAGAUCUGGGGAGUGAAAGGAUUAGGGUUUGAAAAGUCAAUUGUUAAAUUCAUCAAGUUUUAGGGAUGGAUGCAAAUGGUAGAAGUAACUUGCAUAUUUUUACUUUUUUAUAGUACAUGUCACUCAUGGCUGAACUAGGAGAAGGUCCUCUGCCAGAGCCAAAGGUGCAGCCAAGGCCUCCGCCCCCAGUGGAACCAAACAGGCCACCUCCUCCUCAGCUCACAGCUACUCCACGUCCCCCUCCACCCAUGCAGGUAUGUUCAGGAUCACAACUAACUUUUUAUGGGGAUGCUGAGUGGCAAUUGAAUAUUUUUGUUUAUGGACCACAACUGUCCGUAGUGAAAAGAAAGUUCUUUGUUUUGUAUAGAGGAUCGAAAUACAUGCACCUGCUGCUAGAAUUACUGAACACAGAUGAAUUAAAUGGAUUUUAAUUCGAAAUUCUAUAAAUAUAGUGCGGUUUUUUAAAAAGCGAAAGGAAGGCUCUUGAUAAAUGCUUUAAAAGCCCAUGCACCUAAUGUUUAUCAUUCCAAGAGUAACGUUUCUUAACUCCCACUAGUGACGACGACAGAAUUUCUCUCUGCUAUACCAAUACAAUAUCCAGCAGACAAAGUGAUGAAAAUAGAGACAUAUAAAUCAUGCUAUUAUCAUCAUCCAAUGCCAUACUAACUUUUUAUGGGGAUGCUGAGUGGCAAUUGAAUAUUUUUUGUUUCAAUUGCUUUAUGGACCAAAAACAUUUUACAGAUGUUUCUUUGCUUAAAACAUUUUUCUACACAUGAAUGAUUACAAGCAAAUUGUAUAAGAGUGCUAUGAAAAAAUCACAGCAGUUUCACCUUCUGGCAACCACUACUAAAAUUCUGGUCAUCAUGAGACUGUAAUCACUAAUUUCUCAGUUGCACUGGUAGCUAGCUGGUUGCAAUUUUGGUUCCAGUUAUUAUGAUCAUGACAAUUGGCUAACUGACAAACAAUUCAACAACUAACAAUUUCUUGGCUGUUGAUUUUUGUAAAGACCAUUGACAAGACUUCAACAUAUUCACCUACUGGCAACCACCACUAAAAUUCUGGUCGUCAUGAUACUGUGAUCAGUCAUUUCACAGUUGCGGUGGUAGUCAGCUGGUACAAUUUUGGACCUGGUUAGGAUGAAGAUAAGUAGCAAACUAGCAAACAGGUCAAUCCCUCAGGGUGAUGUGAGAAGUGAAAUUUUUCAAGGAGAAUAGAGUUUGUAAAUAAAACCCAAUUUAGGAGGAAACAGAGAGAAACAGAAAUUAGAAAUUAGAAAUUUAGGAUAGAGUGAAGAAGAAGCACAAACCAGACUAGCAAACAACAGAGUUAAUUUGGGCAGAAAGGAAAUACAGAUUUCUAUUUUCAUCAAAUUUGGUUCUUGUUUCAGAACACCAAUCAAGAUCGGCCUCCAUCCUCUGCCCCACCCCCAUGGGCUGCACCACCAGGUCCUAAGCCACUGAUGAGCACACCAGUACCCAUGCCUGGGGGAGGGCCUCCUCCACCACCACCUAAUGGCAAUAAUGCUCCACCAUGGGCAAAACCUGGUCUGCUGCCUCCUCCUGGUGGACCACUGAUGGGUAAGAAUGUCAUAGGAGUUGAUUGCCUUAAGAGUAGACUGUCAUGAGAGCAAACUUUCUUAAGAGCUGACUGUCUUAGGAGCUGACUGUCUUAAAAAGCUGACUGUUAUAAGAAAUGACUGUCUUAAGCGCAGACUGUCUUUAGAGCUGACUGUCCAGAAAGCAGACUGUCCUGAGAGCAUGCUGUCUUCAAAACAGACUGUCUUAAGAGCUGAGUGUCUAAAGGGCUGACUGUCUCAGGAGCUGACUGUUUUAGGAGCUGAUUUUCUUAAGAGCUGACUGUCUAAAGAGCAAAUUGUCUCAAGAGCAAAGAUCAUGCCAUUGUCAUCUUCUAGCCGGUUUUCAUUGGUGACAGAUUCAGGAUUGUAGUCAAGAGUGCCUCUGACCCAGUUAGAGUAGAAAAGUGCCAUUGUAAGCUUGAGAGAAUUGGAGUUUGAAAAAUCAAAAUGGUUUACCUUUCUUCUGUUCUCACUAAAUGACUUUUACUGGACUAUAGUGCUCUCAGCUUCUGACUAGGAUGUUAAUUCUGACUGCGACAUAAGUAAAAACUAAUCUUUGAUGUACUUGUUAGUUUUGUCCUAACCUCUCGUUUCUCAUUCCCAGGUCCUCCUCAUCCCCAUCAGCAGGGUGGUCCACCACACCCUCCCCCUUCAGGUGGACCUGGACCAUAUCCACCCCAGGGACCUGGGGGACAUGGACCUCCACCUCCACCCCCACCAGCAUCUGGUGCUCCCCCUCCACCUCCUUGGCAAAGUGAGUAGAGAAACCUGUUUGAAAUAUUUGAGAAAUGUCCAUCAUCUUUGUAAAUGUUGACAUGCCUGUUAAUGCCUAUGUUUUGAUAAGCAAGGAAACUUUAUCAAAUUAUGAUGAAGUUUUUAGUCCAGCGGCAUCAACUUCAUAGGGAGAAGUUGUUUAUUUUUUUAGCUAAAAUCGGUUGCUAAAAUGUUGAGAUGCCUUGAGCAAAAAGGGCAUUUACCAACUCCAUCAGAUGGCCAUGCCCCCCUUUUCCUGAUUCAAAUUUUGUUCAUCAAAGUUUUGUAUAUGGUACUGCUUAGCUAGCAACAUGGCCAAGGGGAAAGUGGCAAGAUAAAUUAUAUUGAAUCACAUGGUGAACAAUUAUUUCUUGUUGUAGUAGCAUGUCUUUAUUACUUUUUCAAUUGGUUGUAGCAUGAUGACUGAGCUGAGCAUGUACUUGUCCAUGUGAGGAGAAGUGUUGAAUAUGUGGAAAUAUUGCAUUACUUUAUUAACACCAGUAAACUAACAAUAUCUUUAUCUUCUCUGGUAGAUCCUGUCCCCCCACCCUGGCAGAAUCAGGGACCUGGAUUUGCUCCACCCCCACCCCCAGGGUUUUCUCCUUAUGGACCACCCAUGCCACCUCCCUCAGAUGGUCAUUGGGUGAGUUUUAGUUCCAUGAAUUGUUUUUUGUUAAUAAGAUGAUUACUGUGAAUUCAGGCUUUACAAGCCCAGUGCCCAAUCUGUAGAACUGCCAGAAUAAUGAAUCCAUUAGUUGUGGUUGUAGUCAAAGCCUUAGAUAGUGCCACCUCAAGGCUCAGUCAAGUCAGCAUAGAAAGGCAGGAAAAAAUCGGGCAAAAAUUGGCAGGGGUGCAUUCCCCAGAUAUUUCUUUUCUGACAACUACCAUGUGAAGUUCACCUGCUAUGUUAUUCAAUACUUCUGUUCAAGGUGGGAGAUAAAGUGGCCCCAUGCUGGACUCUGGUUUGAGAGGUCCUGGGAUCAGAGGUCCUGGGUUAAGAGGUCCCUGGGUUGAGUGGUCCCUGGGUUGAGUGGUCCUGGGUUGAGUAGUCCAUGGGUUGAGAGGGUGUUUCAUUGCAUUGUUCUUGGUCAAAACACUUUAAUCCCACAGUGCCUCUUUCCACCCAGAAUGGCUGGUUCAAGUUAUCAGGGAAGCCUGAUGAAAUGCAGGAAGUAACCUCAUUGUUGGCUGGCUUCCUAUCCGAGGGGGAGUACAUGCAGUAAUACUCCUAGGUGCUUCAUGCUAUGGAGUCUGGGAUAAGCUCCAGCUGUAUGAGCUGCUUGGGUUAAGUAGGGACUUUUUAUAGUUUACCUUUGUUCCAGAGGGUGGAAAAGGAGUUUUCUCCCCUGUCUGGUCCACAAGCAUAGCUCUUCUCUUAGGCAAGAUGCAUUACUCUUGCAUUGAUUGUCUUCACCCAGAUGGGCACAAGUUAAACUGUCAGGAAAAUGUGGCGGGGGGGGGAGAUAAUCUGUGAUGGACUCACAUCCCAUCCCAUGAGAGUAGAAAUACAGAAAUACAGAAAUUGAGAAAAGCCCUGCCUAAGCAUGAACUUGAGCCACUUGGCUCAUCCAACCUUCUUUUCACCUGGUAAUAUAUCACUGGUGCCAUACAUUUUGUUUCAGUCUAUGCUUAAGAACAGUAUUGAUUUAGACAUUCUAAUGAAUGACUUUCAUUUUUAUACCUAGGCACCACCCCCCCUGAUGGGUGCACCUCCUCCUCCACCGCCACCCCCUCCUCCAGGGCCACCUCCUCCAUCAUCAUGAGAGACAGAAGACAGAGGUUGUGGCAGUCAGGGUCACAGGAAAUAUACAAGUGUCUGCGUGGUUUAGCCACAUUUCACCAGAGACUUUGUUAUUACAAAUGUAAAAUCCACAUCUCUGCUCCUGAUUCAUGCAAUUGUAGCAUAGUGAUAAGAAUUUGUUAACUUUGGCAGCUCUCUUGAGGAAUUUUAGUCUUUGUGAUGUCUCUGCUGGAAAAGUCAAAGAUUAAGUUUUAUGUCGAAGCUGGCUGCUCUUAAAGAGUUCCUUUCCUCUCUUCAAUUUUCUCGGCGAAAUUGUCUCCAGAGGUUUUCAUUGUAAAGAAAAUCAACCAUUAAGUUGUUUCUCUUGGUCAAAAACAAAUGUUGUGUCUUAGGAAAUUUCAUAUGCAGGUAGUUGAAGCACAAACGGAGUCACCCUUGGUUUACUUUCUUCGUUUUUAAGAACAAAAGAAACACUUCAAA